CGGAAACGGCUCUGAGAAUCAGCGUAAACAUGGCGUCCUCGGUGAGGCGCGGAGGGAGAGGAGCGACAGCAGUUCUGGGUUUAAAGUCGGUUUUGGAGCUUUGUCCGCUGGCAGUAGCUUUGUGCUUGAUGGUCCUGCCCGUGUCGGCCAAGCGGGAGCACCUGAAAGUGGUCACAGACGCGAACUGGGAGGAGAUUUUGGCGGGCGAGUGGAUGAUCGAGUUUUUUGCUCCGUGGUGUCCAGCCUGUCAGCAGCUUCAACCUGUUUGGAAUGAGUUUGCUGAGUGGGGGGAGGAUCUGGGGGUCAACAUUGCUAAAGUGGACGUGACUGAGCAGCCUGGAUUAAGUGGAAGGUUUAUCAUAACAGCACUGCCAACAAUUUACCACUGUAAAGAUGGAGUGUUUCGGCGGUACCAGGGCGCACGUACUAAGGAUGAUUUCAUGAGCUUCAUUGAUGAGAAAAAAUGGCAGAGCAUCGAACCAAUUUCCUCCUGGUUUGGCCCCUCCUCUUUACUGAUGAAUAUGAUGUCAGCUCUCUUUAAGCUGUCCAUGUUUAUCAGGCAAUGCCAUAACUACCUGACCGAGCAAGUGGGCAUACCUGUCUGGGGCUCAUAUGUCAUUUUUGCACUGGCAACACUCUUCUCUGGUCUUGUCUUAGGACUGGUGCUUGUGUUCAUUGCUGAUUUUGUUUUUCCUUCACGGCGGUUCUCUUCUUCAGCCUACUAUCAGAAAAAACAUGCAGUGGAGAAGGCACGUCGUCUGCAGCAGUUGGAGGAAGAGCAGGAGGCUGAUGGAGAGGAGGAAGAGGAGGAUGAAGAUGAGUAUGGUGGGAGAGAGGAGGAGUGGCAGAGGGGAGGUGCAGCAGAGGAUGCUGUGAGGAGGAGAGUUGUAGGGGGAGGAGAGGAGGAGGAGGACACCUAGUGGCCUGGAGAGGAACUAUGGAGUACAACAGCGCACAGACCAAACUGCUACAGAAAUGCACGCCCAUGGCAACACUCACGGGCCUCCUCAAGACAUCACUGAUGAUGUCAUUGCUGUCUCACAGUGUGCUUAUCCUGAAACCCUUCCCUCCAUUCCUCAGCUCCCCCUUCCUUUCCUAACGAGUGAGAGACACAGAGAGAAGAGAGGAGGGGAUGAAGGGAUAGAGGGAGAGACGAGCAAGGGUCAGGAUGUGGAGAGUUAUGAGUGUUUGAUUGUGAAAUAAAACUUUUGGCUUUUACUGCCUGUGUAAACUAAAGCAGCGAACUAACUCCUAUUUGCUAGUGUAGGAACGGUGAGUAUGAUAUGAGUGUACAGGACCACUGGGUGAGUGAGUGCGAGAGAGCUUUAUUUGUGAUUUGAGUUCAUUUGUGCUUUUUUUUGUACUGUUAAUAUUUUAUUAACUGCAUUAUCUUUUAGUUGGGUACUUUUGAGUAUGUUUCCUGCAUCUGGCAUUUCUGUUACAUUCACAGUUGCUUUAUCAGUUAUUCUUCAAGAAUAACAUUUUCUUUCAGAAUUUUUUGUCCAUCCAGUUUUGCUUUUGAGUGCAUGUAUUAUGUAUAUAUGUGUGUGACUUUAUGUAUAAGUGUCUGUGUAUGCAAUGGCAUUGUUUGUACCGGCUGGUCUGUUAGACCACUGGUCCUUUACUGCAGUCCGAGGGAGCCCACUUUGCUUCCUGUUUUCAAGUACUCUUGCUCCCAGCACACCUAACCCAGUUCAUAAAGGGCUUCAUAAUUAUCUGAUGAGUUGGAUUAGGUGUGAAAAUAAGGCAUACUUGAAAUUGUGCAGGGCUUUGGGUCCCUUUGUGCUGGGGCCAUUCAACUAGUUGUGUACGGUUUGAAUCUCAGAAAUGGAAAAAGCUCUGUGUGGGUUCAUCAGCUCAGAGCUCAGGAUUUAGCCUGCUGUUCUGCAGGAAGACUUCUAGUGUGACACUCCAAAUAAAGCUUAAUGCUUACACCACAAA